UUUUUCCUAAUAAUUACAUUCUAACAAAUUGUAUUUAAAUGCAUGUUAAUACUUAGACUUUGAAUUUCUUCUUAUACACUGCACAUACUUUGAAAGCAGUUUUAGUAUCCCAGUCAAGUACAAUGCUGCUUAAAAUUCCAUUUUUGUAAUAUUCCAAAUUCUUAAUACAUUUUUCAUUUCAGAUUUUCAAUUUCUCCUACUCUAAUGUUUAUUAUAUUUUUACUUGUUGCUUAAUUUAAUAAUGAAUAUAUUAAAGUAAGUUUUACAUUUUCAGAUGUCUAUCCUAAAUUUAGAUCAUGCAGAAUAUUCUACACACUACCUCACAUCUUCUAAUAAGUUGGUAUUAAGUUCUUAUACACUUUAUACUCAGUUUUUGAAAGCCUAAUGUUUAUUAAGCUGCCCACAUAGCAUUUAUCAGGAGUUUGCUGCUCGUCUGCUUCUUUAAGACAAAAAAUCCUGUUUGCAUCAGGCUGGUUAUUAGAUACAUUCAGUCAGUUCUCAAAGUCAGCUUACUCAAAUGACAGACAUUUUAGAUAUGUUUAAACAUUUAAAUCUCUAACCUCAUUCAUUUCAAAUCUCAGGGAGAAUAAACCUCUUUUUCACUUUAAACCUUAAAAACUCUCACUUUUUAGCUUCUUUAACUUAGUUCCAUAAUUACAUUCCAAAACCAUUUUGUGACUUCCAAAACCAUAUACCUCAACUGUAACCUUUUAAUCUUGUCCAAUUGUGGGAUCAAAUUAUCCCUUUUCUCAUCUUUAUCAUUUCUUUGUUUCUUUCCUCAUGUCCAACAAAGAACAGAAGGAAACAAUUUUUGACAAUUUUGCAUAUUUGUCCUUUAUAUGUAAUCUAUUAAAUUAUCUCAAAGUUUAGGAAACUAAAAAAUUCCCCCAAAAUCCACACAAAAAAAAUUUUGGUGUUUUUUUUUAUUUCCCAUUCUCUGUUUGCCUUCUUCAUUUUUCUGGAACAAUUGAAGAAGAGAGAGGGAAGAGGUUACCCCUUCUAUCUGAGGCUUGUUUUCCCAAAAAUUAAAACCUUCCAAGAAACACAGACAACAAACAUAGACAACACAAUCAUAUCUUACCAGGUAUUUCUUAUACUCUCUGACAACAUAGAACAUAGAUUAACACUUUUCUCCACUAAGAAGAGGGUCAUUUCAUUCCUUAAACAGCCCCCUGGUGUUACAAAUAAUUACUAAAAUUCUCUUGUUUUUGUACCUAACACCUCUGUUUUCACUAUUUCUCUACUUGUGAGUUAUAUUCUGCAUAACUUUCACUUAGAAUUCUUUUCUUCUGCUUCUUAGGUUGACUUUAAAAAAAUCAGGCUUUUUAAAAAAAGUUUAAUUAAUUUAGGAUAUUUUUCUAUGGUUCCAUGAUUCAUGUUCCCCUCCUACCACCCCCCUCCCAUAGCCAAUGAGCAGUUUCUCUGGGUUUUACAAGUGUCAUUGAUCAAGACCUAUUUUCAUAUUGUUGAUUAUGCACUAGGGUGAUCUCUUAGUCUGUGUCCCUAAUCAAACCAUGUGAUCAAGCAGUUGUUUUUCUUCUGUGUUUCUAAUCCAACAGUUUUUUCUCUGCAUGUGGAUAGCAUUCUUUCUCAUAAGUUCCUCAGAAUUGUCCUGGAUCAUUGCAUUGCUGUAGUAGAGAAGUCCAUUACAUUUGAUUGUGCCAUAGUGUAACAGUCUCUGUUGUACAAUGUUUUCCUGGUUCUUCUCAUUUCACUCCACCAAUUCCUGGAGGUGUAUUCCAGUCCCCAUGGAAUUCCUCCACUUUAUUAUUCCUUUUAGCACAAUAGUAUUCCAUCACCAACAUAUGCCACAAUUUGUUCAGCCAUUCCCCAAUCGAAGGGCAUCCCCUCGUUUUCCAUUUUUUGGCCACCAAAAAGAGCAGCUAUGAAUAUUUUUGUACAUGUCUUUUUCCCUAUGAUCUCUUUGGGGUACAAACCCAGCAGUGGUAUGGCUUGGAUCAAAGGGCAGGCAGUCUUUUAAAACCCUUUUUGGGCAUAGAAUAAGCUUUUUACAUUGAAGGAGCUAAGUUAAGCAGGAAAAGGGUUAACUUUGCAAGGAAUUAAGAGUGACUUUAAUAAAUCUCAGUUCUAAAUUGGUUCUUUUCACACUUUAAUGAUCACUGACACCUGCAAAACUGACUUUCUAAGUUUACUUCCUAAAAUAUACACACUUUCUUCUGAGAAACUGAGGUUUUUGAGACAGCAGCAGCAGAAAGGGGAAGAGGAGGAAGAAAAGAACAAUAAAUUCAUGGAGAGUUGUCUAAAGAGAAUUCGGUUUCCUGAUUUUUACUACGAAGUGGCUCUAAUACCUACCUCAAUAAUUCCCAUGCAUGCUGGAGAAAUUGUUUGAUAAAUGCCUGCCAUGGGAGUAUAUACUAUUGGUAAAAUCAAAAGGGCAUUGGGGGGGGAGAAAUGUCUAUCCUAUGUACCUGAGCUUCAGAAAGAGCUUGAUUUAAAGCUUGUUGAACCAGUUUUUCUGGAUGAGCAAAAGAAUGUUGAAUAGCUGCUGGGGGGGGUGGGGUAAGGAAAGAGUUUUGUCCUUUUAAACUAGAUGCCUCUGAAAGAAGAACAGACUUAGCUUUAGAUUUAAGAACUGGCUUGUCCCCUGUAUUUUACUGCCAACUAUAUUCCCUUCCUGCUCUACCCUGCGGGGGGUAGGGGGGGCCCUUACCUGUGCCUCUCUGCACCUCUGAGAAUCCCUUGCCAACUGAUGAGUUCAGCCCAACAGAAACAGGGUCCCUAAAGGCUGUAAGGAAAAUGACAGGCACAAUUGGGGGUCAGGAGGACCAAGAAAGCUGAUGACUUUCAAGGCAAAGGUUUAUUGGGAAGAGCUAACAUUUUAUAGAGAGAGCAGAACAGGCUAGGGUCUUUGCACAAGUUUUCACCUACACAAUGCAAAGUGGUACAGUGUAAUCUAGUUUACCUCAUUAAGUCUACACAGUGAUUUCUAUAGAUCAUAAAUCAGCAUGUAAUAACCUAGCUUAGAUUCCCAAGGAAAUAUAUACACCAAUGAUUUUACAGGAUGCGGAGGGGGAAGUUUGUGGCUACAGGCCUCAGGUCGAAAGGUUGAGAUCUGCUUCCUGGCUCAGGGUUGUCCUUAAUGGAGUCUCAGGCUUUGCCCUCCUACACUUGGAAAUAAACAGGGAAUCCACAAAACAAAAACAAGACAGUGACUUAAGCAAAGUUGUAGUUUACAAAAUGAACCCUCUAAAAUUAAUUGUAUUUCUAUAUCAUAACAAAAUCCAAGAAGCAGUAAUUAAAAGGGAAACCAUAUAUCAACAACAGAAAACACGAUGUAUAGAUUAAUCUACCAAAGCACUCAGAAGAUUUGUAUAAAUUUGAUUACAAAAUGUUAAAUAACAGCUUAAGUAGCUGGAGGAAAAUUCAGUGCUCAAGGCUAUGCCAUGGCAAUAUAACAAAGAUGGCAAUACUACCAAAAUCAAUUUGCACUUUCAAUGCUAUGCCAAUCAAGAAUAUCAGGGAAAAUAAUUAAAAGUAGGGACAAAGGGAAAAUAGCACUGCCAGUCCUCUAACUUAUCAAAGCAGCAGUCAUUAAAAUCAUAUUGGGUGGGAAGGGAGGCAGCUAGGUGGCCAGGCCUAGAGAUAAGGGGUAUAUCCUCAGGCACUUCCUGCUGUGUGACCCUGAGCUAGUACUUGACCUUUAUUCCUAUUGCUCUUCUGUCUUAGAACCAAUGCACAGUAUUGAUUCUAUUGUUUAUUAAAAUAGAGAGAUCAAAGGAAUAUACUAGAUAAGGAAUAAUCAGAAAUAAGAGCUCAAAAACCCAGUGUUUGACAAAGUGGAAAAUAAAUUACCCAAGGGGGAAAAUUCCUUAUUUGAUGAAAACUGAAGGCAUUUUGAGAGGAAUUAGGGUUUGGCCUGUACCUUACACCAUUCAUUUCCCAUGGUACAUCCUAAAUGUAUAGGUGGCCUUCACAUUAAAGGAGUGAGGUGUGUGUGCACACAUAGAUGUGUGUGGCUAAAAGUCAAAGGUUAUGAACAAAUAAUUCUCAAAAGAAUUGCAGAGUAUUCACAACUGUGUGGAGGAAUGCUCCAAAUUUCUAAUAAGAUAAAUGUAAAUCAAGAUAAUCCUAGGGUUUCCCUCACACUGUGAAUUGGCAAAAAAAAAAAAUGGCAGUAGUGUUAGAAGGGUUGUGGAAUGAUAAGCACACUAAGACAUUGUUGGUGAAGCUGUGAAAUGGUUCAACUAUUUUGGAAAACAACUUAGAAUUAUGCAAAUAAGGUGACUAAAAUGUCCAAACCCUUUAAACCAGAGAUUCUGUUACUGGGUGUAUAUCCCCAAGGAAGGCACAGAUAAGAAGAAAGCCCUUAAAAACAAACAAAAAAACCAUGUAGAGCAGCACUUUUUUUGUGAUAGCUAAGAAUGGAAAUAAAGCCUGGAGGAAGGAGAAGGUAAAAGGAAUACUCUUGAAGGUGGCAGAAAAGGAAGGCUAGGGAAAAAUUUCUCAUAAUCAAGGUGUACAAAUAGACAUCUAUAAAACUGAGAAGGAAGGGAGUUGGGGAGAACAUUGACUUGAACCUCACUCUCUGAUCAAAGCACAGAACACAUAUUUGGUUAUAGAAAUAUACACUCAACUGAAAAAUGAGAGGGACAGGAGAGAAGGUAGCAGGGGUAAUUAGAGGGAAGGUAAAUUAAGAUAGGCAUUAGUUCUAAUCAGAAUAAACUCUAAGGAUGUGCAAAAAUAUUUAUAGUUUUUUGAGGUGGCAAAAAAUGGGGAUCUGAGGAGGUACCUCCAAAUUGGGGAGUGCCUGAACAAGUUAUAGUAUAUAAAUAUGGUGGAAUUGUGCUGUAAGAAAUUAUAAAAGAUGAGGCAACUAGGUGGCUCAGUGGAUAGAGAGCCAAGCCUAGAGAUGGGAAUCCUUGGGUUCAAAUUUGGCCUCAGACACUUUCUAGCUAUGUGACCCCUGGGCAAGUUACUUAACUCUAAUUGCUUAAUCCUUAUGAUUCUUCUGCCUUGGUAGUGGUACUUAGUAUCAAUUCUAAGAUAGAAGGUAAAGAUUUUUUUUUUAAUGAUGAAAGGAAUGGUUUAAGAGAAAUCCAGAAAGACUUUUAUGAACACUGAUACAGAAUAAAACGAAUAGAGCCAAGAGAAUAAUUUAUUCAAUGACAACAACUUUGAAACUAAUAGGAACUCUGAUCAAUAUGUAAUGCUCAACCGAGAUUCUAGAGAAUCUUCACUAAUAGUGAAACAUGCUGUCUUCUGAUACCAGGGAGAAAGAUUCAGAGCAAAGAGUGAGACAUAUUUUGGGAUAUGACCAAUGCAGAAAUUUUUUGUUUGACUACAUAUUUGUAGCAGGGAGUUUCUUUUUCAUUCUCAGUUGGGAAGGGUUGGAGACAGUAUAAAAGAAAAGGCAGAUUUUUGCUGAUUGAAAAAGUAGAAUUUUUAAAAAGUAGAAUUGAUCAUGUGGAUAUGAGUCAGCUAUGGGCAAAAUCAGUAAGAAGUCACUUUCCUCUUUAGAACAUAGGUCUAGUAUCAGCUCAGCUGGUUCUUAAUGGCUUAAUGUAUAUGUAACUACAAUGUCAGUAACCCCAAGAUCUCUAAGCUCAGGAGGAAGAAAAACAAAAUUUAAAAAAGAAAGCCUUUUCAUUUUAAAGAAAAAUAAAAUAAAAGGCAGGAAAUGGACCAUAAAUCUGAUAAUACAAUUCUUUGGUCAGUGAAUUUAGAUCUUAUUUGGACAAUUUAAGAGACAGAAUUUUCUGUGAUUCCUUCCCAACCAUCCCUGUAUUUUUGAACCUAAGUGCUUCAAGCUUUAUACAUCUUGGCUGUAAUAACAAUGUGCCCAUUAUACAGAUGAGGGAAGCCAGGCACUCAGAAGAGUUGAGAUCAGGAGGAAAUCCAAAUAGAAACUUCUUCCUGAGACAGUUGCUUAAAUGUUUGAACAGAGGCCUGACCUGCAUGAAAAAUACUCAGUAGAUUAGGCUUUGGAAUUAGUUGGGGCUGCCCGCCAGCCUGAUCCCUAUGGCCCAAAGGGCUUCUCUGUAACCUGAUAAUGUUCUGAACAAACUAACCUAUGCAGCACCUACCCUAGGGAUGGAUACUCAGGCUGAUGGGUCUGCAUUUAGCACAACUGACAGGCUUGUCCAUGACCCGUCUGCCUCCCUUCCUCCAACCCUUGCCACUGUUCCCCUAUGCCAUACAACUGGGAUAAACCGGACAAGUCUCAGUUCUUCAGUGCUGCUGUUGGCUGUGAGGAAGGAGAUUUUUCUUGGUGGCUUCAUUUUUUUUCUCACCCUUAAGAUGUCUCUCAAAAUGGAUUACAGCUCAUUUCCCCGAGACUGCCACACCAUGGACACACUGGAGAGGCAGCUCAUCUGCCCCAUCUGCCUGGAGAUGUUCUCUAAGCCUGUGGUCAUUCUCCCCUGCCAGCACAACCUGUGUCGGAAGUGUGCCAAUGACAUAUUCCAGUCCCGAGGGACCACGCUGGGCUCCAGCGGAAGAUUUCGCUGUCCGUCCUGCCGCCACGAGGUGGUCCUCGACAGGCACGGGGUGUACGGGCUCCAGCGGAACCUGCUGGUGGAAAACAUCAUCGACAUCUACAAGCAGGAGUCGGCCAGCCCCAAGCCGCUGCUGAAACCCGAGUGUCCCACCUGCGAGGAACACGAGGAUGAAAAGAUAAACAUCUACUGCGUCACGUGCCGGGUCCCCACCUGUUCUCUGUGCAAGGUGUUUGGGGAACACCAGUCCUGCCGCGUGGCCCCCCUCUCUGACGUGUACGAACAGCAUAAGGUGCGCUGGACCUCGGGCCGGGGCGGGAGAGGGAACUGGGAGUCCGGGGGAGAUGGGAAAGAGCUCAUGCUGAGCGCCCUCUUACUGCUCCUCUGGCCCGCCCAGUCGGAGCUGACGGACGGAAUCCGGACCCUGGUGGCCUCCAACGAGCGAAUCCAGACACUAAUAGCUGAGCUGCAGAACACUUGCCGGAAUGUGGAGGACAACUGCAAGGCUCGGAAACAGACGCUGUGCGAGAAGUUUGAGCGCAUGGCGGGCAUACUGGAGGAGCGGAAGGAGAUUAUGCUUCAACGUGUGUCCUACGAGCAGGCGGAGAAGACCCGACAACUUCGAGCCCUGAGCCAGGCCUACGAGGCACGAGUGGAGGCUGCCUCCAAGCUGGUGGGCACGGCUUUGCAGGCUGCUGAGGAACCCCAGGUCCCUCUCUUUCUGCAGAAUGCCAAAGUCCUCAUUCAGAAGAUUGCGGAGGCGGUAGGCAGCCCAGAGCUGGAAACCGUGGAACCCGGAUUUGACAACAUGGAACAUUAUGCAGUGGACUUCAACGAAGAGGAACGGGCACUAUAUCAGUUGGACUUCAUCAAGAUUGAGGAACCACUGGAGGCAGCAGUGACAGCCUCUUCGGAAGAAGGAGACUAUGUUGCCCCGGCAGAGGAACCUCUACUAGGGGAGGACCAGGAAGAGGAGGCGGCAGCGCCGUUAACCUCGGGCCCCGAAGCCUCUGAAGAAGCUGGAGUCGGGGCAGUGCAGGCCCCAGGGACAGCCCAGGAGGAGGGAUUGGAACCGGGAACGGAGGGAAAGGAUCAAGAGGAGACAGUCAGGGAACCUGAGGCUGGCGAAGCGUUGAGUACGAAGUGCCAAGACAGCGGAUGUCACCCAACUCUAAGCUGUAUCCCGGUACCACCUCCCCGAGCUCCCCGGACCGAAUCCCCUAACUCCGGGCUGUGCGAGACUGAGACCUCGGGGAGCGAAGGAACCAGCGGGGCUGUCAGCGUCCUGGACAACCGAGAAGGGAGUUCGGACGUGAUGGCCUCUGAGGGAGCGGAGCAGGAGGCGGGGGAGCCUCUGGGUUUUGCCUCGGUUUCCUCCUUAGUCUCCAGCCCCUCGUUACCGCAAUGCUGACAGAAGGGCGGGACUUCCCUAGGUCACUACCUCCCCUAACCCAACCCUGGGACUGCGUCUAUUCUGAGGGAACUAGAGCUUUCCUCACAUUUCUUCCGGGCUCCUCUGCAGAACGCUACAGAAAAAGUUUCUCCCUGAAUGUCUGGAGCCCCAAACUUUCUGUGGCUGUUUGCAAGUUGGAUUUGAGGGGAAGAGUUGCCCUUGAGGGUUUUCAGGUCAGAGAGCAGGAGGUUAGACUAAGUGACAUAUGCGUCCUCCGACUAGACGAUUCCACCCCUCCCAAAAUACUAAUCCAACCUUAACAACUGGGGGAUCCCAGUGUUAGAGUCGCCAUUUCCCGGAGGAGGUGGGCUGUGGGGGAAAUGAAAGAGUUUGUUGCCGAAGCAGAGAGAUUCUAAGACUGAGAAAGACGUUCUUCGGGUAGGGAAGAUAGGGCGACGCGGACACAAACACGAGUCGGACACCGACGGAAUUGUUCCCCUCAAUAAACCCGAGGCUUCACCUUUGCUCUAAA